AUAUAAACCCUAAAGAGAAUCAAAGGUUUCUGCUGGACUACGAGCAACCACGGUGAGAUUUAUAAGAGUUUUUUUUGUGUAUCAUCUCCUAUUUAUUUUUCUUUUGAAGGGUUAAUCCAGCUUCCUCCAAUGGGAACUCAGAUAAUCGAACGUCCAGCAACAUACAAAUUCUUGUGGAAGAUUGACAACUUUUCUAAGUUGUACUCGAACAACAUACUGGAACAUGAAUCUGAUGUUUUCAGUGCUGGCGUUGCUAAAUGGAAGGUACAGAUGUAUCCUAGGGGAAACCGGGAAGUGUUUGAUCACUUAGCGCUGUACCUCUGCCGAGUGGACUCGGCCAAAUAUCCGGUCAAGGCCAAUUUCAAAUUUACAAUUACUAGUCAAACCAACCACUUCUACACAAGUGAGGAUGGUGAAGCACAAUUCACAACUGCCAAGACAUCAUGGGGUAUUCAGAAAUUUGUGGCUCUAAGACGACUGCAUAACCCUAAUUCAGGGUAUAUUUUGGAUGACAUUCUGGAGAUUGACAUUGAGAUUACUUGUGAGAUCUCUGCAGAUGCUGACAAGCCUGUUAAAGAAGAACCACAUACAUAGUUGCCAAGCAAAAAUGCUGAAUUCGGGUCUGGUUUAAACCUUUUUCUUUUUUCUUUUUUGACAUGAACUUUCAAUUAGUUGAUCUAAUCCAGGGUUUGUAUAGAGUUGGGAAUGUGAACAAAAUUCCACAGAAGUAAUUCACAUUUAGUUUAAUCUUUAAGCAUUUUUUGGGUA